AUGAACGGUACCGAGGGACCAUAUUUUUAUGUCCCUAUGGUAAACACCACCGGCAUUGUCCGGAGUCCUUAUGAAUACCCUCAGUACUACCUUGUCAGCCCAGCAGCUUAUGCUGCUCUGGGUGCCUACAUGUUCCUGCUCAUUCUUCUUGGCUUCCCCAUCAACUUUCUCACUCUCUUUGUCACCAUUCAACACAAGAAGCUGCGAACCCCCCUAAACUAUGUCCUGCUGAUCCUUGCAGUGGCUAACCUCUUCAUGGUGUUUGGAGGAUUCACCACAACGAUGUACACCUCUAUGCAUGGCUACUUCGUCCUAGGACGUCUUGGCUGCAAUCUGGAAGGAUUCUUUGCUACCCUUGGUGGUGAGAUGGGCCUUUGGUCACUGGUUGUUCUGGCUGUUGAAAGAUGGUUGGUUGUCUGCAAGCCCAUCAGCAACUUUCGCUUCGGAGAGAAUCACGCAAUCAUGGGUUUGGUCUUCACCUGGAUAAUGGCUUGCUCUUGUUGUGUACCCCCCCUUGUUGGCUGGUCUCGCUAUAUCCCUGAGGGCAUGCAGUGCUCAUGUGGAGUUGACUACUACACACGUGCAGAAGGUUUCAACAACGAAUCCUUUGUUGUCUACAUGUUCAUCUGCCACUUCUUAAUUCCAAUGUUUAUUGUAUUCUUCUGCUACGGCCGCCUGCUCUGUGCUGUCAAGGAGGCUGCUGCUGCUCAGCAGGAGUCUGAGACCACCCAGAGGGCUGAGAGGGAAGUCACUCGCAUGGUUGUAAUCAUGGUUAUUUUCUUCCUGAUAUGUUGGGUGCCCUAUGCUAGUGUGGCCUGGCAUAUCUUCACACAUCAGGGCUCUGAGUUUGGACCACUCUUGAUGACCCUCCCAGCCUUUUUUGCCAAGAGUUCUGCCAUCUACAACCCUCUGAUCUACAUCUGCAUGAACAAGCAGUUCCGCCACUGCAUGAUCACCACCUUGUGCUGCGGGAAGAAUCCCUUUGAGGAGGAGGAGGGAGCAUCCACUACCAAGACCGAGGCAUCCUCUGUCUCCUCCAGCUCUGUGUCUCCUGCAUAA